UCCUCCUCUCUCCUCUCCCCUCCUCAACCCCUCCUCUUCCUCUUAUUUCUCCCCGCAUCUCCUACACCACCUGCUUCAGUAGCGUUGCAGAGAUGGAGAGCCGCUGCAUGCUGAUGUAAGCCCAUGGAAGACCACGUUCGCGAUAGAAAUAGAGAGAGAGAGACACGCACGAAAGGAGACAUAAAGAGGGAGACAGAGAGAGAAACGGGGAGCGAGUGUCGGAAACACAGAAACAUAUGCUGGUGUGAAGAGCGGCUGUUUCUGAGGACUGCUGAACCUGACUGCAAACUUAUUCAUCCGCCCGCGAGCAACUAAGAUUUGAUUCGUCAUUCUCAUUUUUGGACACUUUUUUGCCUCUUGUUCUCUCAGCUGUGUGCGGUGUUUGAUUAGUUUGUGCAGGCUGGGUUGCGGCUGUUGUACCUCCCCGAGCGCGCGCGCACACACACACACACAUACACACACGCACACAACACACACACGCGCACAGUUAUCGUCACAAGACACGGCGCAGCCUCCAAAAGCUUCUUGCAAGGAGGAAAUUGAAUUAGACAAGUUAUUCCCACAGAAGAGGAGGACGCAGGCGACUAUAGCUCUCGGCCUCCCUUCUUUUUUUUCACCCCCCCCGACCCAACUUGUCUCCUACUAGCCCAACACUCUCCUCCCACCUCCACCCCUCGGUGAGUAGCCAUGUCUGACCAGACUGUGACCAUCCCGGACGACCGGGCGUUCGCCAGCUUUAAAUCGGAGUGUCUGUGCGAGGAGGGCUGGACUAUAAAAUACAACAAGGAGGGCCUGACGGUGUGGACCCAGCGUCUGGAGGAGGGGAAGUCCGUCCACAAAUUUAAGUGCCGGAUGGUGUGUAAGGAGGUAUCAGCUGAGACCAUGUACGACGUGCUCCAUGACACUGAAUACAGAAGGAAGUGGGACACAAACGUCAUCGAGACCUUCGAUAUCGGGAAACUCACGGUCAACGCAGAUGUUGGGUACUACUCAUGGAAUUGUCCGCCACCUCUGAAGAACCGCGAUGUCAUCACGCUUCGCUCCUGGUUGCCGAUAGGGAAAGAUUACAUCAUCAUGAACUACUCCGUCAAACAUACCAGGUAUCCCCCUAAAAAGGACAUGGUGCGAGCUGUGUCCAUUCAGACAGGCUACUUGAUCCAGUGCCAGGGACCCAAAAGCUGCUAUCUCACUUACCUGGCCCAAGUAGACCCACGAGGUUCAUUACCCAAGUGGGUUGUCAACAAGUCCUCCCAGCUCCUCGCUCCUCGUGCCAUGAGAAAGAUCAACAAAGCCUGUUUGAAGUAUUCAGACUGGAAGCAGAGACACAACCCUGGCUUCAAGCCCUGGCUCUACCCUGAACAGACUACAUUACCCAGCAUCCCACUCUCAGAGCUAAGCAUCCAGCAUGCCGAAAGCCUGGAGAAUAUUGAUGAGAGCUCCCUGGCUGACACCCAGGAGAGAGAGGACAGCGACUAGCACAGACAUUCACACACAUGCAGUCAUAUUCAUACACACAUACAAUAAUGCAGGGUUACAUGCAUGCUUGAUACACAUCCAUAAAUACACCUCUGUUUAUGUGAUUCUAUAUGUAAAUAUGUGUGUGUAUGUAGAGUAUAUGCACACACAUACAUACUGUCCAUGAUGUUGCAUAUACAGUCACAUAUACAGUAUAUAAGCAUUGCAAACAGACAGACUCAUACUUGACCAACUUGUAUUCGUAAUGUAUGAACACAUCAUAUAUUAAAUGAAACAUGGAUGGACUCACAUUAAUGCAUCCACUCACAGUGGCAGUUAGAAAUGUUCAUAAAAUUCAGUAAAUUUAUUAGUCAUUGUUACCAGAGAAGGGCCUGUAACUGAGAUUUUCCAUGCAGGGUAGAGGGAUAUCAAAGUUUUCUAAUUUGGACCUAUGCAGUUUCCUGUAGCAAAAUACAUUGUCAUUAUGGUUUAUUGUCAAAAUGUUUACAGACUUAACCUAACAGUGCACAACUUGUCAAUUAACAAAGAAACCAUGGAUCCCAGAAUUACACUCUCCUUCAUUUCUACCAAUCACUACUACUGAUUUGUACAUUUAUACACCAGACAUGUAUGUUUGUGUGUUUAUUCCCAAGUUGUCUUACUAUCACCCCUUACUUGUCUCCAUCACAUUAUUGUGUAAGCACACAAUAAAAAACGCAGGUGUGCAGAAAAACACAAAAACAGACACACAAACAGACACACAAACAGAUUUUACUCUCACAUGUACUGUCUACUCCUCUAUUUGAGAGAUGUAUGAAUGUAUGUAGAGUUUGAAAAUUAAAAACAGAUUCCUACAAAGGUUUUCAAAUUACA